CACUCUCAUUCCAGGUUCACAUCUGUACAUCAACCAUCAAUCAAUGCUGCUCAGGGACCUGCUCUUACUAUGUUGGCAUAAUGAGGCACCUGCAUCAGUGGGAGAUAAAUUUAAGUCUAGACAUGUGCACAAAAAGAAAUUUCAGUGCAGUGGAUGGGAUCCUUGUCAUUGUGCCCUGGGGAAUUAGCAGAAGAAACUGACCCAUAAGAAUACAGAGCUUGCUCUUCUGUAUCCAGGCUGGAAUUAACUCAAUGAUUGUUCUAAGAAGGGGACAAUGAAUAAUACUGCUGACUGCAUGGACGAUUACAAUCUGGAUAAGAACUUGUUUCCAUUUGUUUACAUCACUGUGAUUGUGGUCAGUAUUCCUGUCAAUUGUACAUUCCUCUGUGUAUCUUGUAUACAAGUGAAGAAAAAAAAUGAGUUAGCAAUAUAUCUCUUCAGUUUAUCCCUAGCUGACCUCCUAUACUCUCUGACCUUGCCUCUGUGGAUUGAUUACACUUGGCAUGGAGAUACCUGGCGAUUCUCUGCUUUGCUUUGCCAGAUUUCUGCCUUCCUUAUGUACAUGAAUUUUUACACCAGUGCUGCCUUCCUUACUUGCAUCUCUGUGGAUAGAUACCUGGCAUUAGUUCACCCUCUCAAGUUCCAACACCUGCGCACAAGAAGAUUUGCCUUACUUGUUAGCAUCUUUGUUUGGAUUUUGGAAACCAGCCUGAACAGUACGAUUCUGGUGAGGGAUGAAACAUUCAAUGAGGUUUGCAAUUCCACUCGCCAUGUCUUAUGUUAUGAUAAAUACCCUAUGGAAAAAUGGCAAGCCAUACUAAACAUCGUCCGGAUAUGCUCAGGAUACAUGAUCCCUUUGGCCAUCAUGAUAUUUUGCUACCAAAAAAUCUACCAAGCUGUGAGGCGUAAUCAAGCCACAGAAGAUAGAGAAAAAAAGAAAAUCAAGAAGCUGCUAUUGAGCAUCACCAUUACUUUCUUCUUUUGCUUCACUCCCUAUCAUGCUGUGUUGCUGAUUCGCAGCAUCAAUGAGCCAGACAAUGUCAACUUUGUCCAUAUGUUUAAGCCUUAUAGAAUUACACAAGCCUUAACAAGUUUCAACUGUAUUGCUGACCCAAUUCUGUACUGCUUUGUGAGUGAAACUGGGAGAACAGAUAUCCUGAACAUGCUCAAACGCUGCUUUUGUGUGCGACAAUCUGAGUUACAGCAGCCAACAGAUGCUACUAUGACUAGUAUUAUUAAAAAGAGUGCUACAGCAGUGACACUGAAGUCAUCUACAGACCUUUAAGUGCAAAUGAACUUUUGUCCAAAAUGCCCAAUACAGUGAACUGCCAAAGAACUAUAUAAUUGAUGAGACAGGCCAAAUUCUUUCCUAAUUUACACCCAAGAAACAUCACUGAAGCUGUAUAGUAUUCAAAAUAAUGUGAAAUCAGUGGAGUUGCCUGGGUGUAACUGAGGGGAAAAUUCAGCCAUUAUAUUAUUUGCUUUACAUAUACCAUGCAAGGGCAAGUAUGUGGUCUAGUGAUCAAAAAGAGGUUAAUGUGAGUCAGGACUCAUGGGUUCUAUUACUGGAGGAUCUAAUAGGGAUUCAUUAUGCGACCAGGGCAAGUCACUGAAGUUGCACCAAUAUACAACUGGAGUGGAGAGGCAGGAUUAGUGUCAUUGUUCUAACCCAGGGAUCGGCAACCUUUGGCACACGGC